UGCAAAAAAUUAAGAAAUGGAAGACCAAACUAAAUAUACGAAAUGGCUGGCUCGAGAAGCUCAGCUGAGCCAGAAGCACGAAGAAAUCCUUGCAAAGCGCGAGAUGUUACUUACAGCAAAUGAGUCACUUGUGGGAACAAAAGAGAAAAAAAUCCAGGUUACUGCAGAUGAUUUUCAUAGGACCAAGACAAGAAAUGAUCAGUUGGUCAAGGAGUUGGAAGUGCUUCAAAGUGGAUUAGAAAAGAAAGCAUCCAUCUCUUCCAACAAUGCUAAGUUUAUUGGCCUUCAGGAGAGUUACUGGAAGUUGGUUGAACAAGAGUUUCCCCGCUGGAUAGCAAGAAAUAAAGACAGCAGCAAAACAGAAUGAGGAAGAGAAGUCAGUAAAUUCUAAUAAAUGAAGUUUAUCUACUCAGUUAUAGACUGUAUUUUCACUGACUUCGCUGCAGCUGCCAUCAAAAGUACGCAGCCGGUGGAAGUUAAAACAACGCCUUGACAGAGAAGUGUCUGCCUGUAUGGGUAGGUCAAUUAUUCAAUCACCUCAGUGAGAAUUACAUUUCAAACAGUGGUGUAAUGAGCUGCAAACAGAAACCAGACAACUGUCCUGGACUGUUCCUCACACAUGCCACAUAACUGGAAUGCCUGACAGAUUACCGUAACUAGAAAAACAUUCCUGAAUUUUGGCCAAAUUUGGGUGUGGUAACUUUUUUGGUUCGCUUCCGAAGAGUACCAGAAAGGUUCAAUUAGGUAGAAGCGGCAAACAGGAUGGAUGAGCUAAUGAGCAAAUGAAAAAGAGAGUGUCAAAUUAAAUCAAGCAAUCAAAUGGUGUUAUAGCCCGCCAUAAACCCUGGUAGGACAAGUGCGAGAGGAGUAUUCACGAGAUUGGUCCAGAUGUCAGUUUCCUCAGCUUUAUGGACUGGUGGUCAGACGAACUGAGAGUUCAUAUCUGCUUGUUAAACCGUGAAUUUAAACUGUUUCGACUCUAUAGGAAAUGGAGUUUUGAACGUAUUCGGAGGCACAACUAGGAGCUAUCAGCCCAUGCUUCAGUCUUGGAAGAAGAUCUAUUGCCGUAGACAAUCAACUCUUCAGCUAAAGAGCGAGGGAGCAUGCUAUGAUAACCCUUGUAAAAAAGUUUAAUUAAAGAACAUUUGUACAGAUGUGUUAAAGUGUUCCACUUAACGGUAGCUAAAACGUCAACCGUUGGCAUGUCCGGUGAAAAUCCAAAAAUAAUUCUAGCAGCACGGCAGUGUUGUCUUUCCAAUGCUUUUAAUAACUCUGUCUGAUUAACCCCACCCCAGGGCAUCGCGUACGGAAUGGAUGGCUGGAUAACCUUUACGUAAAAAGACUCACUCACAUGACUGGGUAGAAACUUGUAUUUCUUCAGAAGGCUUAAUUUAUUUGCAAAGUUUUUAAUAACUUCUUUCAGAUGAGGUAUUCUGCUCUGGUUUUGACCCAAGGUAACAACCAGAAGCCUGGCCGUAGCCUUGUAUUCAAUAAUGGACGUGCCAAUAUAAAUGGAAGGCAGCGGACCAAUAAGCCGAGCUUUGGAAAGUAACAUUACCUUGCAUUUGCCAGGAUGUGAAGUAAGGCAGUUGUUAACACACUAGGUGAAAAGUUCUUCAAGGGUACAGUUUAGUAAAUUACAAGUGAAGUCUUGCGAGGAGCCUAUACAGAAAACCGUAGUGUCAUCAUGAUCAGCGUACAUAAACGUAUCUCCAGAUUUAAUACAUGACGGUAAAUCUUUCGUAAACAACGUAAACAAAAUAGGACCCAUCACCGAGCCCUGUGCUACUCCACGCCUGACGUACAUUUUCGAAGAUUUUUUUUCCUUUUAUCAUCGUAAACCGCUUUCGAUCCGAAAUUUAACUAUCCAACCAGGCGUAGAGGUGAAUGAGCGUUAAUUAAUGGCUAAACGCUCAUGCAUACAGCUGCCAGCCAUGUUUUGUCAUCAAGCUUUAUUUCCAAUCUCUUCUAUUUUGAAAGCAUAUAGCUGCAGUCUUGGUCACGUUUUUGUACACAUGAGAACUUGCGUACUGCACUGCUAAUGUGGCCACAGGCACCUUAAGCUCAAGUUCAUCUUGCGUAAUGGCGAUCGUGGCAAAAUUAGAACACUUGAUAUUAAAAUAAAUGUUAUUUAACUAGCGUGAUGUCCGUAUUGGAGAAAUAUUGGUCGAAGAUUUUUUUUUUAGCAGGUUUAUGGACCGAGGAGCAGGCGAGGUCUAUA